AUGUCGUCGGCCCAUCUGGCCAGGGCGGGGGCCCUUGUGGUCAGCGACCCAGGGUGGGGCGGCGGCUGUGGCCGGCCAGCCACGGUUGUGCCUCGCGCACGCGGCCACUGGGCGAAGCCAGGGCACGGCGAGGCCGGAACGGGGCCGGAGCGGGCGCGUGGGCGCCGGCGCCCGACGCGGCCAGCAGGGGAGGGGGAGGAAGGGGUCGGCGCGUGGCCCGUGGCCGGGGCCGGAGUAGCGGCGUGGUGGGGCGAGCAGGGGAAGCGCGGACCGCGGUCGGCAGCGAACGCAGGCGAUGUUGGCGAGGCGCGCGGCAAGGCGCGGAGGCGCGCGAACAGGGGCAUGCCGGACGGGGCGUGGUACACGGCGCGGCGACGGCAGGAAAGGGAGGAGGCGGGAGGCGGGGCCUCACCGGCGAUGGAGGGAAGAGGGGGCGACGUGGCUCGUUAUAGCCGUUCGGGGAGGAGGACGGGGACGCGUGCGUCGAUGGAGUCGAGGCGGAGGAGCUCCGGGUGGCAGCGAGAAGCGACGGCGGGGUCGUCCUCGGGCGCUGGGGGUCGGCGGCAGGCGACGGUUCCUCGGGCACGGUCGCGCGGGCGAGGUGGGGCUCCGGCGCGGCAAGGGAUCGGGCAUGGGGUGCUCGGCGACGAUGGAGAACGAGAGGGAGUGGGGGGGUCGUGGCGGAGGAGCUCCGGCGAGGCUCCUCCGGUGAACGGCGACGGCGAUGGCGGUGCGGCGUCGCGACGAGACGGCACCGGGCGGCGGGGCGGUGAGCGGUUCCCCCUCGAUCCCGAUCCAAUCGGGGGAGAGGGGGGAUAUUUCGGGGGUGGGGGAGUGUGGGUGUCGGUGGGCGAGUGGGAGGAGCGGGGGCAGGUGAUGGCGGCGGGGUGGGCCGGCCUAGGUGGUGGCCUGCUUGUGAUCAUGAAACAUUUGUAUCCUAUUAGUGCAAUUAGUGGCGGCACAGUUUGA